UUCGUUCUUCCCUUCAAUUCCUCAAAGAAAACUUAACCAUGUCUGGUGUUUGGGUGUUCAAGAAUGGCGUGGUUAGACUGGUGGAGAACCCUGGUGCUGGCUCCUUGCAAGGUGCAUCUCGUGGCAAGGUGCUGGUGCACCUCCCCACCAACGAAGUCGUUACUUCCUACCAGGUUCUCGAACAAAUGCUGACGUCCAUCGGAUGGGAAAGGUACUACGACGAUCCACAACUUUUCCAGUUUCAUAAAAGAUCCACGGUUCAUCUCAUAUCUCUGCCUAAAGACUUUAAGAAGCUCAAAUCCAUGCAUAUGUAUGAUAUCGUGGUCAAGAAUCGCAAUGUGUUUGAAGUUAGGGAUUCGUGAUUACUUAUAAGUACUGUUUAACGAUAGUGAUUUUGAUCAUGAUGAUCAUGCAUCCAUGGUUAGUUGGCUGGUUCUUCGAUUUUUAUUUUCCUUUUUGUAAGAUGUGUGUGUUCUUCUGUGGUUGUGAUGUGUCAGAAAUUUGAUUAUUCCUGUUAUGAUUGCACAUGAUAAUGAAGGGUUUGUUUGUUUGGUUUUC